AUGUCUCCUUCCCUUUCAACACCCAACACUUCGUCUACACCAACUUCGCCAGGGCGUUGGGUAGUCACAGAAUUCGGCAAGCCAUCUGUACUAGAAUGGGAAGCUUUUGAUCCCCUGGCCUCGCUGUCUGCUGGCAGAAUUCUCAUCCGCAUCCUUGUGGCUGGUAUCGCGGGAGUCGAUAAUAUCCAACGUUGUGGCGGCUACCCUCAUCCUUUGGCGAAAGACCCCGGCUUCACACCUGGCUAUGACCUCGUAGGCGAGAUAAUAGCGCUAGGUGACUCUGUACCAAACGAGAAAGGAUUAAGGGUCGGAGACAGAGUAGCGGCAUUGAGCAUCUUCGGCGCGCAUGCGACACAUAUCGUGCUACCGUAUGAAGAAGUCAUGAAGUUGGAGAAGGACGAUGAUCCGCUGAAGAUAUGCGCACUGCCGCUGAACUACAUGACAGCGUGGGGUAUGUUGAAGCACAGCGGUGUGGAUUUACCGCCCGGCACGAGCAUCUUGAUCGGAAGUGCAAGUGGAGGACUGGGAACGGCUGUUGCGCAGCUGGUCAAGGCCUUCGAUAUGGGAAUCAGGAUGAUUGGAACAUGUUCGCCUAGCAAGUUCGAAUAUGUGCGCUCAUUGGGUGUGGAGCCGCUUGAUCGAAGUGCUCCGAAUCUUGUCGAGCAGGUUCACGCGCUGACAGACGGGAAAGGGGUAGAUGUUGCAUAUGACGGUGUUUGUAGCGAGAAAACUGUCCACGACUUCCUCGCAGCUACCAAGCAAGACGUUGGCAAAGUGGUCAUCUUUGGGGUUAUGGGGAAUAUUGCUGCUGAUGGGAGUAAAAUGCUGGGAGGCACCGACAAAUUGUUUGAAGCACUACUACAGCCACCGCGAGUAUGCUUCUGGGCACUUGACAUAGAGUUCCCGAAGAAGAAGGAAGUGGCAGAGUUCUAUGCGGUAGUAGAGAAGGUGAGAGAGGGGAAAUUGGAUCCGAUUGUUGCGAAACUUCUAAGGCUGAGCGACGCAGUGCCAGCACACGAGCUUCUUAUAAAUGGGAGCGCUAUCAAGGGAAAGAUGUUAUUUGCAGUAGGUGAGGAUAUAGCUACGUUAUAUGGCGUAUAA